UUAUAUAUGUAAGUAAACACGUAAGGUCACAUUCUCUAACACGUUCGUUUGCUUACAAACCCUAUUCUUCAGUCGAGAAAGAGAGAGCGGAGAUUAAACACACAAAAAGAACGAGAGAAGGAUGGAGAAACAAGAGUUCUUGGAACUGUUUGAGGUAGCAACUAAAGCUGCAAAGUCUGCUGCGAGAGGGGACGGUAAGAACUCUCCAGCCGUCUCAAGGUGUGUCGACGCUAUGGUUCGUUUGAGAGACGCUCCAGAGUUCCUUGCGUUCGAGUUGGUCACCGAUCCCAAAUACCCUCAUAUUGGAAAGAGUCACGUGCUUUUGAUGGAUCACAAAAACUCUAGGAUCCAAUCCGAGGCAACGCUUCUUUACACUCUCUGGAUCAAAUAUCUCUACGCUACCGGCAGAAAACAGAGCCAACAUCGUGAUAGAGUUCACAAUCAACAGGUGGUGAAGAAUAAGAUUAAGGAGAAGCUUGUUGAGAAGGAGAAGAAGAAUAAGAAGUGUGUGGAGAUGAAGAUUUCGACGACGACGGGGGAUUCUAACCGAGAGAAAGUGCGUGAGAUUCUUCACAAGUCCUUGUCUAAAGUGGCUAACGAGGUGGUUGUUGUUGGGAUGAAGGAACGAGUGGCUUCUUGCGAUUCUUUGAGUGUGGCUGCGUCGGUUGAAUCUGCAAUGUUUGAGAGACUAGGUUGUUUCGAGGGGACUCAAAAAGCAAAGUACAGAUCCAUUCUUUUCAACAUGGGAGACAGCCGCAAUCCAGAUCUCAGGAGAAAAGUACUACUCGGCGAGAUCAGUGGAGAAAGAUUGGUGACUAUGAAGAAAGAAGAGAUGGCUAGCUACAAGAUUCAGAUGGAAGUUCAAAAAAUUAAAGAGAAGGCUAGAGAUAAGGAAGAGAAUCGAGUGAAGAGUAUGAUGAUGUUUCAGUCAGACAGCAUGAUCAUGACAUGAGCACAAAAUACAUAUCCUCAGUUUAUUAAUUCUCAGUUUAUUAAUUAGUCUCGAUUGUAUAAUAACUACUAGUCUCU